AUGUAUCUAAUUGAUUUAAUAAUAUUGAAAUCAAAAAUUAAACCUAAAGAAAAAGAAGAUGACGAACUUUUAACCAAUAUUAUUAAAGAAACAGAGAUAGAAGGGUAUUUUGAUCAAGGUCGAUUUAUGGAUUGGUACACCAAUAAUUUACUAUUUCAACGUUUAUUCAACAUACUCGUAAAUCGAUUAUUUUUAUACCAGACAAUUCCAUAUCAUUCAGAGGAAGAAAUGAAUAAAUUACGAUUUUCUAAUCAAAUCUCACCAGCAAUUCAUUCACGAUAUAAAUUGAUGGAAUUCUCAAAAUUAUUAUCACCAGCAGAUUAUUUUAUUUUAAAUGAGAAUCUACCAUCUGAUUGUAAAAGCACGCAACAUAUAUUGUUAUUUUCAUCAGCACUUGAUGGAGGAAGUUGGAAUGCAUUUGUUAAUUCGUCAAUGUAUCAAGGUUCUACAUAUAUCAUAAUAAAGGAUAAAGAUGGAUAUAUAUUCGGUGGAUUUGCUUAUGAAGAUUGGAAGCAAAACUCCAAGUUUUCCGGUGAUAAAAAAAACUUUUUAUUUUCUAUUAGACCUAAAUUAAGAUGUUAUCCUACUACAGGUUAUAAUAAUAAUUUUCAAUAUUUGAAUUUUGGAGCAAAAACUUUACCAAAUG